AUGGGAGACAAGGUGGCUCUGCGCUCGCUCGACGACUACGAGUUUCGUGAAUACGAGGACGGCGAUAACCUAUUUCUCGUGGAAGAUGAAUUUGCCCCUGUGGAUUGUGAAAUAUUUCGUUGUUGGGUCGCAGUGGACACCACAAAACAAAUGGUCGUCGCCAUGUUGGAUAUGUCUAUUCCUAAGGCCAGUUUGGCAUAUGAAGUCGAAAAAGCGAUCAAAGAUAAACGGCCGAGUGGGUGCAAGCAUCCGGGUGGGGCCAUCGGCGCCAUGUACAAGUUGGUGGUCGCUGAGAAAUGGAAGAAGGCAGGGCUUGAGGCUGGACUUCUAUCGAAGACCUUCCAAGACCUUCCUAAAGUCAAGCCGAACUGGGAUGUCGUCUACGUCUGGGCGAACCCUGCGGAUGGUCCUCGAAUCGCCCUGUAUAAAGAAGCUAAGUUUAUUAAAAUAUUGGACAACCAGGGAGCAAGUAAGCUUCAAGCUUAUGCCCGCUACAACAAAUGA